AUGACUCGCUCCGCCCAGCUUUGCAUAUUUGCGCUGGCUUCUCCCGCCGCCGCGCUGCCACCGGCUCACGGCCUCUGGAUCAAUCGCCGUACGCUUCUCUCGCACGGCGCUGCCGCCUCCGUGCUGCUGCCUCUGCGCAAGGCGCCGGCCGCCGCGCCGGCAGCGGCCGGCGCCGGCGUCGCCGUCUACGAGAUUGCCUCCGCCGCCCUGGACCGGCGUUCCUACCGUGGGCUGCGCCUUGCGAACGGGCUUCAGGUCCUGCUCGCCUCUGACCCGGCUGCCGGCAAGGCCGCCGCAGCCAUGAAUGUUGCGGUUGGCUCCAUGUCCAAUCCGGAGGCGUGGCAGGGGCUCGCCCACUUUUGCGAGCAUAUGCUCUUCCUCGGCACGGCCUCCUACCCCGACGAGGGAGACUUUGAGUCGUACAUCGCCUCAAAUGGCGGCUCCAACAACGCAUACACCGACUCGGAGGAGACGGUCUACUUUUUCGACGUGGGCGCCGGCGCGCUGCCGGGCGCGCUCGCGCGCUUCUCCGACUUUUUCGCGGCGCCGCUCUUCACCGAGUCUGCGACGGCGCGCGAGGUUGCGGCGAUCGAGUCGGAGCACUCGAAAAACAUCCAGUCAGACGGCUGGCGAACCGAGCAGCUGCUGCGCGCCACGCGGGGCGUGUCGGGCCACCCCUACAACGGCUCGCCGCAUACCUGCUACCACCACGGGACUGAACCCACGCUCGAUUCGAGACUCUGGAGGUACGGCCCGCCCGCCUCCGCAAAGUACGACCCGCUCGGCCUGCCGCUGUCGCCCGACCAAGGCGGCGGCCUCGGCAGCGGCGCCGUCGCUUCGCCAUUCGCGACGCUUGUCGUGCCCGUGCGCGAGCAACGCGCCGUGUCUGCGACAUGGUGCCUCCCCGUCGCCGACUUCGACACGUGGCUCGCCUGCAAGCCGCAGGUCGCCCUCUCGCAGCUGCUCACCGCGCGCGCCGACGGGUCCCUCCUCUCCCUCCUCAAGAGGGAGGGGCUCGGCACGGCGAUCGAGGUCGGCGUCGAGGAGCAGACGCGCUCCUUCGCCGUCGUCACCGCCUCGCUCGCCCUCACCGAGGCGGGCCUCGCCGCGUGGCCGACGGCGAUGGGCCACCUCUUCUCCUAUUUGCGCCUAUGCCGCGAGAAGGGCGCGCUUGCACAGCUUGGCUUCCGCUACGCCGAGCCGUCGCAGCCGCAGGCCUUCGUCACCGCCACCGCCGCGUCGAUGCCGCUCUAUCGGCCCGCCGCAUGGCUGAGCGGGCCAUCCUUGCUCGAGGGGGCGGGGGGUCCGCCCACCCUCCGCCAACUGCUCGGCGGGAUGACGCCUCGCGCCGCGAUGGUCGAGGUCUGCGCCAAGGAGGUGGCGCCCAAGGCGCCGCUGAGCGAGCCCAUCUACGGAACGCGGUACGGCCGGCUGCCGAUCGAGAUGCCACUCCGGGCCACUUCGGCUGAUCUCGCGGCAUCUUGGGGCAUCAGGUACGGCCGGCAGCCGAUCGAGGGCGAGGUUGCGGCGUGGGAGGCGGCGCCGCUGCUGCCCGAGCUCUCGCUGCCGCGCCCGAACCCGUUCAUCCCCAAGCGGCUCGCCAUCAAGGCAUAUCUCCCCAUAUCUCCCCAUAUCUCCCCAUAUCUCCCCAUAUCUCCCCACACCUCCCCUUCUCUCCAUAUCUCCCAAGCGUACUUUUUGUGGCGCUCGCCCGAGUUCUACACGUCGGCGCGCACCGCAGUCACCGCCGAGCUCUUCGCGGGCAUGCUCGCGGAGGUGCUGCAGGAGGCGACCUAUGAGGCGGCGCAGGCAGGCCUGGUCGCGGCGUCGGGCGUGAGCUCAGACGCGUUUACGGUCCAGCUGGGCGGGUACGACGAGCGGCUCCCCGCGCUCGCCACGCUGGUCGCGUCGACGGUCCGCUCGUUUGAGCCGACGCAGGCUGCCUUCGAGCGCAAGGUCGACAUCUUGCGCCGCCAGUUGCGCGACGCGGAGCGGCGGCAACCGAUCUCGCUCGCCGGCUACCGGCGCGGGCUCGCGCUGCAGCCCGCGCGCUUCUCCAACGAGCAGCUGGCGGCGGCGGCGGGAGAGGAGGGCGUGCUGCGCGAGGCGCAGCUGGAGGCGUUUGUCGCGGGCAAUCUGCGCGAGAACGAGGCGGCCGAGAUGGUGCGGGGCGUUCGCGCCGCGCUGCCGGCGGCGCCGCUCGCCGCGGAAAGGUUGCCCGUCCGCCGGCUGCGGCGGCUGCCCCCGGGCGGCGCGACGCGCCAGUUCCUGGCGGGCAACCCCGAGGAGCCCAACGGGGCGCUCGAGAUGUACCUGCAGGUGGGCCCCGACGAGGGCGACGAUUGGCUGCACCUGCUGCUCCUCUCGCAGAUGAUAGACAAGGCGGCGACGCCGAGCGCGGUCUAUGCUGAGCUGCGCACCAAGCAGCAGCUGGGGUACAUUGUGCAGUGCGGCUCCACCGAGGCGGACGGAGUGCGUGGCCUCGUCUUCAUCGUGCAGUCGUCGGUGCAGCCGCCGCCCGAGCUGGAGGCGCGAUCUCCCCAUAUCUCCCCAUAUCUCUCCAUGGCGCGGCUCGAGGCUUUCCUCCGCCUCUUCCGCGGCACGCUUCUGCUCACCUCGGACGAGGAGCUAGACACCUACCGCGAGUCGCUCGCGGCGCAGAUGCAGGACGUCGACCAGCGAGCCGACGGGCAAGCCUCCCGCCUCUGGGCGGAGGUUGCGACGCGCCGCUACGACUUUGGGCGGCCGUGGCGCUCGUCCAAGCGGAUGCGCCGCGUGACGCGCGACGGGCUGAUCGGCUUCUACGACAAGUACAUCGCCGCGGGCGGCGCGGGCCGCUGCCGGCUCUCGACGCACGUCUUCUCGCAGCGCAGCCCGCCAAAGGGGCCGCUCCGGGACGACCCAUUGCCCGACGCGUUCUUCCCGCCGACCGCCGACGGGUUCGGAGUCGACUGGGCUGCGGACCGCGCGGUUGUCUAG